CCGCGGCACUGAACAAAGCUCUGAUUGGCUGGUGCUCUUGGUACCCAGACUUCCCGCCGCUGUAAGUCCUCGUUGUGAGAGAGCAUCCAGCUAACGGCUCCGUUUAACCAUGCCCAAAUCAAAAGAAGUGUUGUCCUCCACGUCCAGCAGUGAUUCUGACAGCGAAGCAGAGACAAAGGCCAAGAGGAAGAAGGUGAGCGCUCCAGAGAAGCCUGCUAAGAAACAGAAGAGUGGAGAGACCUCCAAACCAAGCAGUUCUUCUAAGCAGAGUGAUAAGAGUGCCGGAGACAACAUGUUCCAGAUUGGGAAGAUGCGCUAUGUUAGUGUCAGAGACUUUAAAGGAAAAGUCUUGAUUGACAUUCGUGAAUACUGGAUGGACCAAGCCGGUGAUAUGAAGCCUGGCAAAAAAGGUAUCUCACUGAACCCAGAACAGUGGAACCAGCUGAAGGAACAAAUGUCGGACAUUGAUGACGCAAUACGAAGAGUAUAAGACCUGUGAUGUGUGUUUCAGCAGGGGGUUCGGGGUGGGUCGGGAGGGCGUGGCAAAGUGUUUUUAGAAUUCCAUUCUUUGACAUCUGGGCACUUUGUAAAGCAGGUUUUUGUUCUUCUCCGCUUGUAUGUGGUUGGUGUUUAGAUGAAGCGUGUUUUUGUUUUUGAUGAUUUGCUGUUCAGAAUUCCAAACUGCGGUCUGAUGUUUGUAAUGGAUGACUGUCGGUCUGCAAUAUGGGUGAGAGUUGUUUUGAGAAUAAAAAUUACUAAGACGUU